UUUAAUUUCUAAAUUUAUCGUUUUCUUGCGUAGGUACCUACUUUAUCUAGGUGUACUUUUAUGUACUUACGUUUACUUUGUUAUCGUUUGCUGUUUAGUAGAAGGAAGGAAUAUAACUUCUGCAUUUUGUCACCACAGUCACUUACGUGAAAGUUCGUUAUUUUUACAUAAAAACAGAAGUGCAAUGCGUUAGGUAGGUGAAACAAUAGAAAAAUGCAGAUACGUAUUGUGAUCAGAUGGUUAUUACUAUUUUUGCUCGUGUGUAACACGUUCGUCACAAUGAACAUUAGCAUAGCUAUUGUGUCUAUGGUGAAACCACUGGACUCAUUUAGUGAAGGACAGAAUGCUAUAAUUUGUCCUAAUUCAACAUUUUUACAACAGACUUAUUCUGGAGAAGGCUAUAAUGGGACAUCACCAGCAAGCACCUCCCAAGAAACUGGAUACGAUUGGUCUGAAACUGAACAAAAUACGGUGCUUUCGGGAUAUUACCGAUUGAAUUAUAUUUCAAUUAUGCUCGGUGGCGUUCUAGCUCAUAAAUACGGGUCGAAGAAAGUCGUUGGUUUCGCACAAGUGAUUUCAUCUGCGAUGUCAUCAUUGAUUCCAUGGACAGCUGAAUAUGGCCCUCAGACUGUAACCUGGAUAAGAGCCAUUCAAGGGGUUUUAUCGUUCAUGUCUGUACCAGCUGGUAUGUAUUCUUUAGUGGGGAAUUGGAGUCCACCUGAUGAACGAGCCAGAUUUGGGGCUAGUUAUGCACUGGGUUCGUACAUUGGCCUGACGAUAGGCAGUUUUUUAUUCGGAUUCAUAGGACAAUAUUUAUAUUGGACGUACAUUUUUCAUUUAACCAGUCUGCUUGGAAUUAUCUGGGGUGUGUUUUGGUAUUUUCUUGUUAGCGAUUCACCAGCUCGGCAUCCCUCAAUUACAAUAGAAGAACAAAAAUAUAUAGAGAACAGCUUGAAGGAGAUUACUAGGAAGACAAAGAUCCGUAUUCCUUGGAAAGAUAUUUUUACCAGUGUGCCUCUAAUGAUAAGCAUAUUGGGGGUGCAUUCAGCUACAUGGACAUGGGUAGCAAUUACCACAUAUUUUCCCAUAUACCUUAAAACAUUUUACGGACUAAGUUCCAAUGAAAUUGGAAUUCUCACAAGCGCGCCAAAUAUCGUGAAAAGUGUAUUGACUGUUGGAAUUGCCUACUGCAGUGAUAUAGUUGUUAGAAAAAAACUGCUGAGUAUGACAGCUGUUAGAAAAACUAGCGCGUUUUCUGGUGGUAUCAUUUCUGCAAUUCCAUUAGUGAUUAUUGCAUUGACAAAAUGCAAUUUGGACUUGAUAAUAUCCUGUUUAAUGCUCAACUUUGUUAUUGGAACACCCGGCAUGUUUGGAGCUCCAUUGAUUGUUAUGGACCUGAGUCCGAAGUUUUGUGGAAUUUUGGAAGGAAUUUCCGGAACAUCGUCUUCCUUGCUAACGUUUGCAUUUUCUGCAAUGGUGAAUUAUAUCACUACAAUCUACGACACGGAGUCGUUAUGGAAGACUGUAUUUUUGUACACAGCAAUUUAUAGUGUGCUUACCACCGGAAUUUUUAUAUGUUUUGGCUCAGCAGAAGUGCAAUCUUGGAAUUUCGAAGAUAAUCCUGAACUUCCGUGUGAGAAGAAAGAUGAAGUUGAAGUGACCAACCACCCUGGUAAGACUUCUAUUGAGAUGAAGAAGGAUAAAAAUGAAGAAAUCUCGUAAUAUCAGAAUUGUUUCAAUUCUCCAAAUACCUACCUAAUUUAUGUUUAAGUAUCUAGAUAUAGCUAACCGUGCCGUGAUUUCGUUUUUGAAAAUAUACUCUGGUACCGAUUAA